AUGAAAGGGAUUUACAGGGACGGAUACUACGACGGAUCUAUUGAACUACGGGACGUUUUCAACAGGAGAUGCGUUAAAUGUGGUCGAGGGGACUUUGUUCAAGCAAAAACGAUGAGGAUUAGGACAGGAUUUGUUUUUUGGAAUCUCAUCUUUUCACUGAUGUUCACUUGUGUGAAAGGUUUUAUCCAUACUUGUGGAGGCAAUUUAAAAGGAAGAAAUGGGACGAUAGAAAGCCCAGGGUUUCCAUAUGGAUAUCCAAAUGGAGCGAACUGUACCUGGGUGAUUGUUGCCGAUGAGGGGAGCAGGAUUCAUAUAGUUUUUCAAUCUUUCGCUGUGGAGGAGGAAUAUGACUUUUUAUCUUUGUAUGACGGGCAUCCACACCCAGCUAACUUCAGGACGAGGUUAACAGGAUUUACCAUACCUCCACCUGUUACCAGUUCUGGCUCCAUUUUUUCACUGAGGCUUACUAGUGACUUUGCAGUAAGCGCUCAUGGAUUUAAGGCAGCUUAUGAAGAGCUGAAAAGUAGUUCGUGUGGAAACCCGGGGGUUCCAUCAAAAGGCAUAUUGAAUGGAACUCAGUUCAACGUAGGAGACAAGAUUCGUUAUAGGUGCAUCACUGGCUACGUCCUGGAUGGUCAUUCUCUCCUCACCUGUGUGACCAAUGCAGCCAGUGUGUCAGUUUGGGACUUCCCUGUUCCUAUCUGCAGAGCCGAGGACACGUGUGGUGGCACCCUAAGGGGCUCCAGCGGGCUCAUUUCUAGCUUCGAUGUCCCCAGCGGUGAAUCUCCUGGCGCUGGCGGAGGAGGAGGUGCUGGAGGCCUGGGCAGCAGUGGGGAGUGUAAGUGGACCAUCCUGGCAGAUCCGGGCGACACCAUCUCCCUGGUUUUCACUGAAUUUCAGAUGGAGGAGAAGUCAGAUUAUCUGGAAGUAGAGGGAUCUGAACUGCCAACCAUCUGGCUAACUGGAAUGAAUAUUCCAGCACCCAUCAUCAGCAACAAAAACUGGCUGCGGCUGCAUUUCGUGACAGAGAGCAGCCACCGCCACAAAGGCUUCAGGGCCCAGUAUCAAGUGAAAAGCUCUGGAGAGCUUAAAUCCAGAGGGGUAAAAUUAUUACCAGGAAAGGACAACACUAACAAACUGUCUUUGAUGAAUGAAGGAGGAAUCAAACAGGUGUCUAAUUACUGCCCUGACCCAGGGGAGCCGGAGAAUGGCAAACGGAGCGGCUCUGACUUCAGCAUCGGAGCAACUGCUCAAUUUACCUGUGAUGAAGACCAUGUGCUGCAGGGUUCCAAAACGAUUACCUGCCAGCGCGUAGCCGAAGUCUUCGCUGCUUGGAGCGACCACAGACCCAACUGCAAGGUGAAAACUUGUGGCUCCAAUCUUCAGGGACCCUCUGGGACUUUUACAUCUCCUAAUUUCCCAAUCCAGUAUGAAAGUAACUCCCAGUGUGUUUGGAUCAUCACCGCAAGUGAUCCUAACAAGGUGAUCCAGAUCAACUUUGAAGAGUUUGACCUGGAAAUUGGAUAUGAUUCACUAACAAUCGGAGAUGGAGGGGAAGUUGGUGAUUCGAAAACCAUUAUACAAGUGUUGACUGGAAGCUUUGUUCCAGACCUGAUUGUCAGCAUGUCCCAUCAGAUGUGGCUUCAUCUCCAGUCUGAUGAGAGUGUGGGUUCCAUCGGCUUCAAGAUCAACUACAAAGAAAUUGACAAAGAGAGUUGUGGUGACCCUGGCACACCUCUGUACGGCUUCCAGGAGGGUAGUGGAUUUUUAAACGGGAACGUUCUGCGCUUCGAGUGCCAGUUUGGAUUCGAGCUCAUCGGGGAGAGGAUGAUAACCUGCCAGAACAACAAUCAGUGGUCGGCUAAUAUCCCCAUCUGCAUAUUCCCCUGCUUCUCCAACUUUACCGCUCCAAUGGGGACGGUUUUGUCUCCUGACUACCCAGAGGGCUACGGAAACAACCUGAACUGCGUGUGGCUGAUUAUCUCUGAGUCUGGCACCAGAAUCCACCUGGCCUUCAACGAUUUUGACCUAGAGCCUCCUUACGACUUCCUCACUAUCAAAGAUGGGGAUCAGUCGGGUGCCACAAUACUGGGGCGCUUCUCAGGGGCCGAAGUUCCAUCUCACUUGACGUCCAACAGCAAUGUGCUGCAGCUGGAGUUUCAGGCUGAUCAUUCUAUGUCUGGGAGAGGGUUCAACAUCACGUAUAGCACAUUUGGGCGUAAUGAGUGCCCUGACCCUGGCAUACCGUUGAAUGCCAGGCGCUUUGGGGAUAAUUUCCAGCUGGGAAGCUCCAUCUCAGUGGUUUGUGAGGAGGGCUUUAUCAAGACGCAGGGGGCUGACACCAUCACAUGCCAUCUGGAGGAAGGCAAAGUUAUGUGGAGCGGACUCAUCCCCAAAUGUGAAGCUCCUUGCGGGGGCCACUACUCUGGGCCGUCAGGUGUCAUCCUGUCCCCGGGGUGGCCGGGCUACUACAAAGAUUCCCUGAGUUGUGAGUGGGUCAUUGAGGCUGAGCCGGGAACCUCCAUCAAGAUCAGCUUUGACAGGUUUCAGACUGAGCUCAGUUAUGACUUCCUGGAAGUGCAUGAUGGUCCCAACUUACUGUCUCCUCUGGUGGGCUCGUUUAAUGGAACCCAAGUCCCCCAGUUUCUCUUCAGCAGCGGUAACUUUCUCUAUCUGCUCUUCACCACUGACAACAGUCGAUCAAACAGUGGCUUCAAGAUCUUUUACGAAGUGGUCACGUUGGACACAUACUCCUGCAUGGAUCCUGGUAUUCCAGUGAAUGGUGCACGGUUGAGCCAUGACCUGUCAAUCGGCUCCACGGUGUCCUUUCAGUGCGAACUGGGCUACAGGCUGAGCCAUGAGGAGCCUCUGGUUUGUGAGAAAAACCAUUUCUGGAGCCACCCACUGCCCACCUGUGAUGCAUCGUGUGGAGGGGAUAUCAGGGGACCUGCAGGAAUCAUCUUAUCGCCUGGCUAUCCAGAGCUGUAUCCUAACUCGCUGAACUGUACGUGGACGGUAGAAGUGAGCCAUGGAAAAGGUGUUCAGUUCACUUUUCACACCUUCCACCUCGAGGAUCACCAUGACUACCUCCUGAUAACAGAAAACGGCAGCUUUGCCCAGCCGCUGGCUCGACUCACCGGCUCAGAGAGGCCUGCCCCGGUAAAUGCUGGCCUGUACGGGAACUUCAAGGCCCAGCUACGCUUCAUUUCUGACUUCUCUAUAUCGCUACAGGGAUUCAAUAUCUCCUUCUCAGAGUACAAUCUUGAACCCUGUCAGAAUCCUGGGUCGCCUCGGUUUGGCUGGCACACUGGCUCCAAGUUUGGCAUCGGUGAUUCACUGGCAUUCUUCUGCAACACCGGCUAUCGUCUACAGGGGGCAAGGGAGAUAGUGUGCUUGGGAGGUGGCCGCCGCAUGUGGAGUGCCCCUCUGCCAAGGUGUGUGGCUGAGUGUGGAUCAACAGUCUCCAACAACGAGGGAGUUCUUUUGUCACCAAACUAUCCAAUGAGCUAUGACAACAGUCAUGAAUGUGUGUACAGCAUACAGGUCCAAACAGGGAAAGGCAUCAACAUCACCGCCAGCACAUUUCAACUUGCACAAGGUGACGUCCUCAAGGUGUAUGAUGGCAAAGACGGAGCAGCCCCACUCCUUGGCACAUUCACAGGCACGUUGAUGCAAGGUCUGUCCCUUACCAGCACCUCCAACUAUCUCUGGCUUGAAUUUUACUCUGACCAGGAGGCAACGGCAGCAGGGUUCCGGCUCAUAUACCACAGUUUUGAGCUGUCCCACUGUGAUGAUCCAGGGGUGCCGCAGUUUGGCUUUAAAGUCAGUGACCAGGGUCACUUUGCUGGAAGUGCCAUCACGUUCGGCUGUGACCAAGGUUACACCCUGCAUGGCAGUGGCAUACUUAAGUGCAUGACAGGGGAGAGAAGGGCAUGGGACAACAAUCUGCCAUCAUGUAUAGCUGAGUGUGGGGGCAGUUUUAAGGGGGAGUCUACAGGGCGUAUCCUCUCUCCUGGGUACCCCUUCCCCUACGACAACAACCUGAGAUGCACCUGGACCAUUGAGGUGAACUCAGGCAACAUUGUCAGCCUUCAGUUUCUAGCAUUUGAUACAGAGGCUUCCCACGACAUCUUGAAGGUGUGGGACGGGCCUCCUGAGAACGAGAUGUCUCUGAGGGAGGUGAGCGGCUCUCUGCUGCCCGAGGGGAUCCACUCCACUCUCAACACUGUAACCAUUCAGUUUGAGACUGACUUUUAUAUCACCAAGUCUGGCUUUGCCAUUGACUUCUCCAGUUCACUUGCGACAGCUUGCAGAGAUCCAGGUAUUCCCAUGAACGGCAGUCGCAACGGGGAAGGUCGGGAGCCUGGCGACUCUGUGACCUUCUCUUGUGAUCCGGGAUAUGAAUUGCAGGGGGAGAGCAGAAUCACCUGCAUCCAAGUGGAAAAUAGAUACUACUGGCAGCCCAGUCCUGCAAGCUGCAUCGCUCCAUGUGGUGGAAAUGUGACUGGAUCUUCAGGAUUCAUCCUCUCUCCCAACUACCCAAACCCCUACCCACACAGCAAAGACUGUGACUGGCUUAUUGCUGUCCACUCUGACUAUGUCAUUUCCUUGGCUUUCAUCAGCUUCAGUAUUGAGCCCAACUACGAUUUCUUGUACAUCUACGAUGGGUCAGACAGCACGUCUCACCUGAUUGGCAGUUUCCAGGACAGUAAACUUCCUGAGAAGAUUGAGAGCACUUCCAACUUCAUGUACCUGGCAUUUCGCAGUGAUGGGUCUGUGAGCUACACCGGCUUUCAUUUGGAAUACAAAGCAAAACUGCGGGAGGCGUGUUUUGAUCCAGGGAAUAUGAUGAAUGGCACCAGAAUGGGUACUGACUACAAGCUGGGUUCUAUGGUGACAUUUCAUUGUGAGGCUGGCUACCUGCUGCAGGGCUACUCCACUCUGACAUGUGUCAUGGGCAACAGCAAGAGGCCAGAGUGGGAUAGAGCCAAGCCAAGCUGUCAAGCUCCCUGUGGAGGUCAUUUCACAGGUUCAGAGGGAACUGUGCUGUCCCCAAACUACCCACAUAAUUACACCCGAGGCCAGAUCUGUGUCUAUGACAUCUUCGUCCCUGGGGACUUUGUGCUGUUCGGUCAGUUUGUGGUUUUCCAGACGUUGAACACUGAUGUCGUUGAGAUCUAUGAUGGAUCCUCCACUGAUGCGGCACUUCUCUCCUCCAUAUAUGGAUCACAUUCAGGCGAGACACUCCCUUUGAGUUCAGGAAACAAGAUAACACUCAAAUUUACCACAAACGGAACAGAAACAGCCAAAGGAUUUCAUUUCGUUUACCAAGCUGUCCCCCGGACAAGCGCCACUCAGUGUAGCUCGGUCCCUGAGCCCCGCUUCGGGAAGCGGAUAGGGAACGACUUUGGCACUGGUAUGGCCGUACUCUUUGAAUGCAAUCCAGGCUACACUCUGCACGGCUCCAACGCCAUCAGGUGUGAGGCCGUGCCCAAUGCCCUGGCUCAGUGGAACGGCACUGUGCCCACAUGUGUCGUUCCCUGUGGCGGCGUGUUAACAGAACGCAAAGGUACUCUCCUCUCUCCUGGAUACCCAGAGCCAUACGCCAACUAUCUGAACUGUGCCUGGAAAAUCUCUGUUCCUGAGGGAGCUGGCAUCCAAAUUCAAGUUGUGACCUUCGCCACGGAGCACAACUGGGACUCGCUUGAUUUUUUUGACGGGGUUGAUGGCAAUGCUCCAAGGCUCGGUAGCUACUCAGGUACAACUAUUCCCCAGCUUCUGAACAGCACGUCCAACAACUUGUACUUGACCUUCCAGUCUGACAUCAGUGUUUCUGCUGCUGGCUUUCACCUGGAAUACACAGCAAUAGGUUUGGAUUCGUGCCCAGAGCCGCUGCCUCCCAGUAACGGCCAAAGAGUGGGCGACCGUUACACUGUGGGUGACAUGGUAUCCUUCCAGUGUGAUCAAGGCUUCUCUCUGCAGGGUAAUGCAUAUAUUACCUGCAUGCCUGGGCCCGUCAGAAGGUGGAAUUACCCCGUACCUCUGUGUUUAGCUCAGUGUGGCGGCUCUAUGACAGACUUCAGCGGCGUCAUCCUCAGCCCAGGCUUCCCGGGGAAUUACCAGAGCAGCCUGGACUGCAGCUGGAGAGUUCAACUCCCAAUUGGCUUCGGAAUCCAUCUGCAGUUUCUGAACUUCUCCACAGAGCCUGUUCAUGACUAUCUGGAAGUCCGCAGUGGGAACCUGGAGACGGGAACAGUGAUUGAUCGGUUCAGUGGCCCAGUGGUGCCCAACUCUCUUUUCAGCACCACCCAUGAGACUACACUCUUCUUUCACAGCGACUACUCCCAGAACAAGCCAGGCUUCCACACUGUCUACCAGGCAUAUGAGCUGCAGAGAUGUCCAGACCCACGACCAUUCCGUAACGGCAUAGUGAUCGGUCAGGAGUACAGCGUGGGGAUGACAAUUUCCUUCGAGUGCCUUUCAGGUUACACUCUGCUCGGAGAGGCGUCUCUUACAUGUUUGCACGGAGUCAGCAGGAACUGGAAUCACCCGGUCCCCCGCUGUGAAGCUCUCUGUGGAGGGAAUGUAACAUCCAUGAACGGCACAAUUUACUCUCCUGGACACCCAGCCGAGUAUCCACACUUUCAGGACUGCAUGUGGAUGGUCAGAGUGCCUCCUGGGUACGGCAUCUACAUCAACUUCUCUGUUAUCAAUACAGAGCCAAUCUACGACUACAUCACUGUGUGGGAUGGGCCCGAUCAAGCUUCGCCUCAAAUCGGUCAGUUCAGCGGCAGCUCUGUACAGGAGGGCGUGUCCACCACUGCCAAUCAGGUCCUCAUCAAAUUCCACAGCGACUUCAGCACCAGCGGUUUCUUUGUGCUGCAUUAUUACGCAUACCAGCUGAGAACAUGUCAGCCCCCCCCUCCUGUCGCCAACGCUACUAUCCUAACUGAUGAUGACGAGUUUGAAAUAGGGGACAUCAUUCGGUACUCGUGCCUGCCAGGCUUCACUUUGGUGGGCAGCGAGAUUCUGACCUGUCGACUUGGAGAGAGGCUCCAGAUGGAUGGACCCCCACCAGUCUGUCAAGUCCAAUGUCCAGCCCACGAGGUGCGUUUUGACUCAACUGGGGUGAUCUUGAGUCCAGGCUUCCCUGAAAACUACCCAAAUCUCCAGAUGUGCUCUUGGCUGAUCAAUGUGGAGAAGGGUUACAACAUCACUCUGCACUUUGAACUAUUCCAGACAGAGAAAGAGUUUGACAUCUUGGAGAUAUUUGAUGGUCCUAACAUCUACAGCCAGAGCAUGGCCUCACUCAGCGGUGACAUUGAAACACCCUUCAACCUGACCACCACAGGCCACCAGCUCCUGCUGCGUUGGUCCUCUGACCACGGCACUAACCGGCGUGGCUUCCACAUCAGAUAUGUGGGUGAGUAUCAAACCAUGUACUGCAGUACUCCGGACUCCCCACAGCACGGCUUUGUAGUGAGCCAGACAGGGGGUCAUCUCAACAGCGUAGUGCGCUGGGCCUGCGACAGGGGGUACAAGCUCAUCGGAAAGGGCUCAGCUGUGUGCAAGAAUACCUCCUAUGGCUACUACACCUGGGACGCGCUAGUUCCCGCCUGUCAAGCCGUGUCUUGCGGUGUGCCCAGUGCACCAGUGAACGGAGGUGUGCUAGCUGCUGAUUAUUCCGUCGGCACUCGGGUGACCUACUUCUGCAACAGCGGCUACCGGCUCUCCUCCAAAGAGCUGACGACCUCAGUCUGCCAGCCAGACGGCACCUGGAGCAACCACAACAAGAUACCCCGAUGCAUCGUCAUUAUGUGCCCAAGUCUCAGUUCCUUCUCUCUUGACCACGGAAAAUGGAGGAUCGUCAAUGGCUCCAACUAUGAGUAUGGAACUAAAAUAAUCUUCACUUGCAACCCUGGAUACUACCGUGUUGGCCCGGCCCAUAUCCAGUGCCUGUCCAACGGGGUGUGGAGCUGGAGGAGUGAAAGGCCUCGCUGUAAAAUCAUUUCCUGCAGUGAUGUGCCCACUCCUCCUAAUGGGAAAAAAAUCGGGACCCAAACAACCUUUGGAGCAUCGGCCAUUUUCAGCUGUAACCUUGGCUAUGUUUUAAGCGGAUCUACAGUUAGAGAGUGUCUCCUGUCAGGCCUCUGGAGUGGAAUGGAGACUCACUGCCUGGCUGGUCAUUGUGGCGUUCCAGAGCAGAUCGUUAACGGGCAGGUUGUCGGGGAAAACUUUGGUUAUAGAGACACAGUGGUUUACCAGUGCAACCCUGGAUUCCGGCUCAUUGGCUCCUCAGUACGGAUCUGCCAGCAGGACCACAUCUGGUCAGGGUUCCUCCCAGUUUGUAUAUCUGUCACAUGUGGCCACCCGGGAAGCCCAAUCUAUGGCCGCACCAUAGGGGAUGGCUUCAACUACAAUGAUAUGGUGCGCUUCUCCUGUAACAAAGGCUACACCCUGGAAGGUCCCUCCACAGCCCAGUGCCAGGCCAGCCGCCAGUGGAGCCAGCAGCCACCGACAUGCAGAGUGGUAAACUGCACAGAUCCGGGUAUCCCUGCCAAUUCUAUCAGGGAGAGUAAGAUUGAGCACGGGAACUUCACCUUUGGCAGCGUGGUCUUCUAUGACUGUAACCCAGGAUAUUACCUGUUCGGGUCAUCAGUACUAACCUGCCAGCCGGAGGGCCACUGGGACAAACCUCUCCCAGAAUGCAUCGAGAAAGGAGAGAGUGGGCUAGAUGUGCAUCAAAGUGCAGAGACCAGGAGUCAAACCAGCAGCCGAUACGUUGAGGACACAUGUUGCAAGCAUUUGUGGCGAUGUGUGUCUGGACACUGGAGUGGUCCACUGCCUCACUGCUCAGGCGACAUGGCAGACACCUGCGGGGAUCCUGGCACUCCUGCCCAUGCCAGCUUUCCCAACGGGACCUGCAGGGAGGCGGGAAACUUCAAAGUGCGCAGCAAGGUGCGCUUCACCUGCGCAGUGGGACACACGCUGUACGGCUCAGCAGAGAGGAUAUGCUUUCCCAACGGGACCUGGUCAGGCAGACAGCCGUUCUGCAAACCUGUACAGUGCAGUAAUCCUGUGACACCUGCCCAUGGCCGAAUUUCCCGUGUGGAUGGCACAACUUUCUCCCACUCCAUCGUGUAUUCUUGUAUUGAAGGCUAUUUCCUCACCGGCUCACCCACACGCCAGUGUCUGGCAAAUGGCACAUGGUCUGGCACAGCUCCAAACUGCACAAUGAUCACCUGUAGCGACCCCGGUAUUCCUGCAAAUGGACUUCGAUUGGGUGAUGACAUCACUGUGGGCCAGAAUGUGACGUUCAUGUGCCAGCCAGGGUACGUGAUGAUUGGUGGCGACAACACUGUCACCAGGACCUGCACCAACAACGGCACCUGGAGUGGCUCCAUGCCAACAUGCCAAGUGGUGACGUGUCCCACACCCCCACCCAUCCCCAACGGCCUUCUGGAGGGUUCAGUGUUGGAGUGGGGUACGAGUGUGAGCUACAGCUGCCUACCUGGCUAUGAGCUGUCCUUCCCCGCUGUGCUCACCUGCACAGGAAAUGGAACGUGGAACGGAGACCUGCCUCAGUGUUUGCCCAAAUUCUGUGGAGACCCUGGUCUGCCUGCCAAAGGACACAGGGAAGGACGCAGUUUCAUCUUCAAGUCUGAGGUGAUGUUUGGCUGCAUUGCCCCCCACGUGCUGGUCGGAUCAACAACACGCAUGUGCCAGGACGACGGCACCUGGAGUGGAGCUCAACCUCGAUGUAUAGAGCCCACGAGGACUUCUUGUGAAAACCCAGGGACACCUGCCCACGGCUUCAUGAAUUACACUACAGGCUUUAAGGUGGGCAGCAGAGUGGAUUUUCAGUGCCAACAGGGACACCUACUGCAAGGAUCCACCACCAGGCUGUGUUUGCCUGAUCUUACCUGGACCGGCACCCAGCCUACCUGUAUCCCUCACUCCUGCAAGCAGCCGCGGAGCCCGGCCAACGCCGACGUCGUGGGUCUAGACCUGCCCUCCUACGGUUACACUCUGGUGUACACCUGUCAGCCAGGCUAUUUCCUCUCCGGGGGCUCAGAGCAUCGGGUCUGCCGCUCCGACGCUAGCUGGACUGGCAAGGUGCCUGUCUGCAGAGUCGGUUCCAAAUCACAUGAGAAAACUGUCAAACCCGUACCAGGGACACCAAGCCCAAAAAUAAAUGUUCCAGACGAUGUCUUUGCCCCUGAUUUCGUCUGGAAGGGUUCCUACGAUUACAAAGGCCAGAAACAGCCAAUGACUUUGACGGUCACAAGCUUUAAUGCCACGACAGGAAAAGUCAAUGUAACUUUAACAGACAGCAGCAUGGAGUUUCUGCUCUCUGGAGUGUACAAGCGCCAGGAGGCACGCUUAAUGCUGCUGCUGUACCAAAUGAGAGCCCUGGCCCACAGCUCUUUGAACAGGAUUACUGAUGAGACCUGGGCAAUGGAUGGAUUUGUUUCAGCUGAGCCUGAGGGGGGCAGCUAUGUGUUCCAAGGCUUCAUACAGGGUAAAGACUACGGACAGUUUGGACUACAGAGACUUGGUUUGAGCGUGAGAGAGAAUAUUACACUCACUGACCCUGAAACCAACGCCUCCACAAACAGCAGCUCUGUUGCUGUUGCUAUCCUAGUGCCUUUCUUUGCCCUCAUCUUUGCAGGCCUUGGGUUUUAUCUCUACAAACAACGGAAAACGGAUAAAGCUCAGUACACAGGAUGUUCUGUCCACGAGAACAACAACGGACAGGCUACGUUCGAGAAUCCCAUGUACAACACAAACACAAAAGCUGCUGAGGGGAAAGUUGUCCGCUUUGACCCCAAUCUCAACACCAUCUGCACCAUGGUUUGAUGUCUACAUAGUGUGAGGGAGAAACAGAAGGAGAAUACAGAGGGAGAAUACAACCUCUCCUUGUUUGCUUAACAUGAAUAUAUAUAGACAUUUCUAUUUUUCCUCUUUCUGAAGACAUAAAACAGAGACACAGUAUUGCUCAGAAAUAUAAAGCACACUUUCGGCAACAUUUACUGCAGUUGCAAUCCAUCGUAUACAGGAUCUCAAAGAUUAAUGAGAGGAAAGGGAGGGUCCCACACCUUCCCAGAUCUUCCCGUGGUAUGGAGAAGAGACGUGUUCUUUACACUCUGUGAGUGUUGGCUUUAUGAAAAAAUAGCCUCUGGCAUAUAGAUAAAAUAGAGUAUUUUAUGCUCUGAAGUAUAAACAUAGAGGGGUUACAUCACAUUGCCAAAUGAAAAAUGUUACUUCUUCUUUUCAAGAAAGCAGCCCAGAUCUAGACCCCUCACUUUUUUGUUUUCUUUGUGUUUUUGUUGUUGUUUUUUGUCUUUUUUUGGAUUUGAGGAGCCUCUUGACUGUGAGCCGAUCGAUGAAAUCUUUAGUCUAUUUUCCAAGCAGAUGUGUUUUGAGAGAAUAUGAGAAAGGACGGAAGAAAAGUAACUGCCUCCUUUGAAUAGCAUCAGUGCUGUAGACUUUUCCAAGUUAUGUGAUCAAUUAUAUCUUAACUGGAUGGUACCUCAUUCUGACGAAAUGUACAGCCGGGGAUUUAAAUACUGAGCCCAAAAAAAAGGUUUUCACUGCUCUUUCAAAAGCCAGGGCUUUUAUUGUUACAGUGCAGGUUCUCUGAGAACAAUACAUUUUCUUCACGAGAGAUGUAGUCAACGAUGGGGUUCGUUAUCAGGUUGUAUGCAAUUUGUUUAUGACAGAAAUGUUCUGUAAGUUCAAAUUGUUCUGCAGUUUGUAAGUCUAGUCAGAGGCACACUGAACCUUUUAUGGUUAGGUUGGGCUGUACUUCAAUUAUUUAUUUUUUCUUAAGUUUGACUGUUUUAGGAUUGUUUUGUUUUCAGUGAUAUCAUUUUUUUGUCCCAAAAACACCAAAAUCUGGAGUGAAUUAACCCCAACCUUGACCCUGUAUAUAUCAUGACUUUCAAAGUAGGAUCACCUUGCUUCAUUAUUUUAUGACAAAGUGAAGAAUCAUUGCACAGUACCUACAGCUGGCCAGGUUUCCCAGAAGUUAAUUUAAGCCUAGAUGUUGGUAAAUCAAUAUCACAUAUCGGUAGAUAGUCUAAUGAAGGAUGAAGCUUGUUGUCUCUUUAUUUAUUUUUUUGUUUAUAAAAAGAAUUGACAAAGUCUACCUUAUCCUACUUGUAUACCAAGACAGACCAAAUGCAACUUCUAAAUCAUGUCUGGCCCUUGAUGAACUGAGCAGUGUUUGUUGAUCUUUAAUUCUUUUGGGAAACUGUGCCUUAGUCAGUAAAUAUCUGAUUCACCCUCCUACUCUGAGGCACCUGAUAGAUACUUGGUCUUGGCCUAUUUUAUGACACCCACAGUUCCACACAGUUUAAUUUUGUUGUUACUGAACCAUCAGCUUCUGCCAACAAAUGUACAGAAAACAUGAACAAAUUUGCACACUUAAAACAUGAGCCACAUGAAGUAUUUUACUAUCAUCUGAGUCCAUCCAUGUUUCAAAAUGAACUUUGACACUGUCAUCACAUUUCUACAUCAUUGCAGUGCCUUGAAAAUGUAUGGGCAUAUGUUUUUAAUGAAGACAUACCAUUUGUUGCAUUAGUAAAAGUGUACAUCAGAGUAACUUAUCUGCACAUUUAGCAAUGGUUUAGCUGAGUGAUGUCAGCUCAGAUGGUCAUAUAUGAAGAGGUGUGUUUGAAAAGCAGCUCAUAGUUUCAUACCUGUGCAUGUUGGCAAAAAGUGAUCCAGUAUAGCAAUUGCUGCUAUAGUACUUUGUACCACUACGUUGAUUCCUGUCAUUGCUCUUACAUUUUGUACAUUUAUACAGUUUUGAUACUUGAUGGCAUUCUUUGGCAAGAUGUCUUGUGUUAUCAAUAUGUAAUAUAUUUUGCGAUUUCAUAUUUCUUAUGGAAGAGAAGAGAAAAGCAUAUGGAAAAAAAACUAUAUAUGGAAAGUCAGCCUCACCUCGGACUAGAGUAGAAUGCUUUUAAAUGUACCACACAAUUCUUUUCCUGUUGAAAAACCUGUGUAUAUGAAUCUGUACAUAUAACAAAAGUUUUGUAAAGAGAUAUAUUUUUUAUGAAAAUAAAGCAUUUGUAAGUUAUUGAAAAUGUUGUGUAAAAUUUCACAUGUAAAUGUCAUGUAAUAUCAAAAAUGUUUUGUAUUUUUUCUUUAUCAGCAAUGUAUAAAUCCUUAAUUUAUAUA